AUGGCAGCAACAUCAGGGAAGAUUGUUCAAAAUGUUUUUAUGUCACAACACUGCUGCCAACCGAAUAGUCGAAGGGACUAUUGUGCCCCUUAUACGCGCACCUUCCUUCCCUCUCCUCCAGGGAAGUUGACAUGGACUAGCAUCUCUUCCAUGCAAUUGCGCACGUUAUCGAAACCCCUGAACGCUUUUACUUUCCGGAGAAAUAUUCUCUGCAAUGCUUCUGCGUCUUCUACCGUGGUGCCACAUCUUGACAAAACAGACUUUCUAAAGCUUCAAAAUGGCAGUGACAUACGUGGUGUGGCUCUAGAUGGUGUUGAGGGAGAUGGGGUUAACCUCACUGAACCCGUUGCUGAAGCAAUAGGAGCUGCUUUCGCUGCAUGGUUAGUGGAGAAAAAGAAAGCAGAUGCUUCUCAGCUUUUGAGAGUUUCAAUUGGCCACGAUUCCAGGAUAUCAGCCAAAUCCCUACAGAAUGCGAUUUCUCGAGGGCUUGCUGGUGCUGGCUUAGAAGUUGUCCAAUAUGGAUUAGCAUCGACACCAGCGAUGUUCAACAGCACACUUACAAAGGAUGAAGCAUUUCUUUGUCCUGUUGAUGGGUCUAUUAUGAUAACAGCAAGUCAUCUACCUUUCAACAGAAAUGGAUUCAAAUUUUUCACCAAUGCUGGUGGUCUUGGGAAGACUGACAUCAAAGAUAUCUUAGAGCGGGCUGAAAAAUUAUACAAUCAAUUUACUGCAGAAAGUUUGACCAAUUCUGAGAAAAAGGCUUCAUUAUCUAUCAAGACAGUUGAUUACAUGUCUGUGUAUACAUCUGAUUUAGUAAAAGCAGUUCGCAAAGCAGCUGGAAACAUAGAGAAACCAUUGGAGGGUUUCCAUAUAGUUGUUGAUGCAGGCAAUGGAGCAGGUGGUUUUUUUGCUGCAAAUGUGCUGGAACCUCUUGGGGCAAUAACUUCUGGUAGUCAAUUUUUGGAGCCCGAUGGUUUGUUUCCGAACCACAUCCCCAAUCCCGAGGACAAGACAGCAAUGAAAGCUAUAACCCAGGCAGUCCUUGAUAACAAAGCUGAUCUUGGAAUUAUCUUUGAUACUGAUGUGGACAGAUCUGCUGCUGUGGAUUCCACUGGCCGUGAGUUCAACCGGAAUCGCUUGAUUGCCUUAAUGGCAUCUAUUGUUCUAGAAGAACAUCCCGGAACAACUAUUGUCACAGACAGCGUGACUUCUGACGGCCUUACUGCAUUUAUUGAAAAGAAACUUGGUGGCAAACACCAUCGGUUCAAAAGAGGCUAUAAAAACGUGAUUGAUGAAGCUAUACGUUUGAACUCUAUUGGCGAGGAAUCACAUCUGGCUAUUGAAACUAGUGGACAUGGAGCUCUUAAGGAGAAUAAUUGGCUUGAUGAUGGUGCAUACCUAAUGGUCAAGAUCUUAAAUAAGCUUGCUUCUGCUAGAGCUUCUGGUGUGGGUGGAGGAAGCAAAGUUUUGAUUGGUCUAAUCGAAGGGCUCCAGGAACCAGGUUUUGCUGCAGAACUGAGAUUAAAGAUAAACCAAAACCAUCCAGAUCUUAAAGGAGGAUCUUUCCAGGAAUACGGAGAAACUGUGCUGAAACAUUUGGAGAGCUCAAUUGGCUCUGAUCCAAACCUGCAAAAGGCUCCUGUAAACUAUGAAGGGAUCCGAGUUUCUGGCUAUGGUGGGUGGUUCCUUCUUAGACUAUCACUUCAUGAUCCUGUACUUCCCCUUAACAUUGAGGCACGUAAUAACGAAGAUGCUGUGAAGCUUGGACUUGUUGUGCUUGCAGCUGUAAAAGAGUUUGCAGGUUUAGACACAUCAGCCUUGAACAAAUUUGUAGGAUCAUAA